AUGAGUCUGCGCAGAGUUGACAUCUCGCCGAUUCAGCCAGAUUGGGUCCCACCAAAUUGCAAGUUCCAGAUCGAUGAUAUCGAACAGCCGUGGACCUGGCCCAUGAGCCACUUUGACUAUGUGCACAUAAGUCACCUCGAAGGUAGCGUGGCAGAAUGGCCCGCGCUAUACGCCCAGGCGUUUGCCCACAUCAAGUCGGGCGGGUUUGUCGAGGUCAAGGAGAUAGACGUAGAACUUUGUUCCAAUCACGUUGUCUACGCGAAGAAGCCUGGGAAGGUCACAAAGGCCGAGGAGUGA